AUGCCAUCAAGUGAUCCUACGAUUGACUUAGCUUAUACAGGAAGUAUAACAACGAUUUUAAUUAAAAAUCCGUCCGAUGAACUUCUUCUCGAUUUAAAUACGUACAUUGAAAAACAAACAGCUUGGAUCUAG